UUCUUUCACAAUUCACACUAUUCAACCCAGAACCCUCUGUUUUCCUCUCUUAUUAUUGUCUUGAAAAUUAAAUAAAAAAAACCCCAAACCUAAACAAAACUUCACACUCUUUCUCUCAUUUUCUCUCUCUUUUAAAACACUAAUCACUAAAAUCUUGAUUCACUGUAUCCUCAAAACCAACUCUAAAUCAAACUCUCUCAAAGAAAACAAGCCAAAGCCCUACUUUGGAUGGAUUCAGGGUCACAACGACCGGGGCCUGUCAGCGAAGGCGAUCCGGGUCCGUCCAUCGUAACCCCCUCUUCACCGCCUGCGGCGCCUAGCAGGUACGAGUCACAGAAACGACGUGACUGGACCACGUUCUUACAGUACCUCAAGAACCACAAGCCGCCUCUUUCCUUGUCACGGUGUAGCGGGGCACAUGCCAUCGAGUUCCUCAAGUACUUAGAUCAGUUCGGUAAGACCAAAGUCCACGUGGCGGCGUGUCCUUACUUCGGCCAUCAGCAACCUCCGUCUCCUUGCGCUUGUCCUCUCAAGCAAGCCUGGGGGUCUCUCGAUGCCCUGAUCGGACGGCUGAGAGCAGCCUAUGAGGAGAACGGUGGACGGCCCGAGUCGAACCCGUUCGCGGCACGUGCGGUCAGGAUUUACUUGAGGGAAGUCAGAGAAAGUCAAGCCAAGGCCCGUGGGAGACCCUACGAGAAAAAGAAACGGAAACGGCCAACAACUGUUACCACCGUGAGAGUUGACGUUGCUCCGUCGAGACAAAGUGAAGGAGAUGGUUGUAACAUCGGUGAUCCGUCGUCUCUGGCCGAGGCUGUACCUCCUUAAUUACGUUAUUAUUAUUGUCAUGAUAUAUUAAAUACAUUAUACAUGUCUGGAACUCACAUCACCAAAAAAAAACUCACAUCACCUUCUUGAGUUAACUAUCGAAAAUAUAUUUUUGUUCUAGUUCA